AUCAAUCGAAAGAUAUCAUCAUAGAGGAUUUUCCUAAAAUUAUUUUGAUUCCAUUUACAAUUUCCCACCGUCCCGCGAUUACAGGCCUUUAACUAUAGUACAACGUACAACUACAACAUAAAUAAUUUUUUGCUUUUCUUCUUCUCUUCCACAACUCCACUUUCUCUCUCUACAAUCCUCGAUUCAAUCGAAUCCAAAAUCCGCUCAAAAUCUAGGGUUUCUAGACGCACGUAAUAUUCAUAUUUGACAUUGAUUUUUAGUACCGGUUUUGGUUGGAUUUUAUCAUUGUGAAGAGGGAGCAAAAUUCUAUCCGUUAGGGUUUUCGAGUUGGUACAGAUCUGAUUCUCGGAAGAAUUGGCCGAGUUGAUUAGCGCUCCAAUUUUGAAGAAUUCACCAUGUUUUGGCGUAUGGCUGGGCUGUCUACUGCGUCUCCUGUGGAGACCAUACUAGACAAAGAGAAUUAUACAUUGGAGGAGCUGUUGGAUGAGGAUGAAAUAAUCCAAGAAUGCAAAGCUCUUAAUGGCCGCCUUAUCAAUUUUUUGCGGGAGAGAGCUCAAGUUGAACAGCUUGUUCGAUACAUUGUGGAAGAAGCUCCUGAGGAUGCUGAGAAAACACGAACUUUUAAAUUCCCUUUUAUUGCUUGUGAAAUCUUUACAUGUGAGGUUGAUAUAAUACUCAAGGCUUUAGUGGAGGAUGAGGAGUUAAUGAGUAUUCUUUUCUCCUUCCUGGAACCUGGGCGCUCUCAUAGUACUCUGCUGGCUGGUUAUUUCAGUAAGGUUGUUAUAUGUCUGUUGUUGCGGAAGACAGUUCCUUUAAUGAACUAUAUACAGGCUCAUCAGGACAUUAUAGGGAAGCUGGUUGACCUAAUUGGAAUUACAUCCAUCAUGGAGGUUUUAAUUAGACUAAUUGGUGCUGAUGAACACCUGUAUGCGAACUACACUGAUGUUAUGCAGUGGUUAGAAGGAACAGAUGUGCUAGAGAUGAUUGUUGACAAGUUCAGUUCAUCUGACUGCCCAGAAGUGCAUGCUAAUGCUGCAGAAGCUCUUUGUGCUAUAACUCGAUAUGCCCCACCAGGGAUAACCUCUAAAAUCUCCAGUCCUAGUUUUGUGGCAAGAUUGUUUCGUCAUGCUUUGGAGGACUCUCGACCAAAAUCUGUGUUGGUCAACUCAUUGUCUGUGUGCAUUUCUUUGUUGGACCCCAAGAGGCUAACAUCAGGAGCAUAUUAUAUGUACAGCCGCCAAAUGAUUCAAGGAUCUGGAAUAACCCCUAAUCCUGAGACCGUGGAUGGAAUGCUUGAAAGCCUAGGUGAUUUGCUGAAGCUUUUGGAUGUUUCCUCUGAGGACUAUGUCUUGCUGACUACAUAUGGAAAGCUGCAGCCACCUCUUGGAAAACAUCGUUUGAAGAUUAUAGAGUUCAUCUCAGUCUUGGUGACUGUUAGUAGUGAAGCUGCAGAAAAGGAAUUGAUUCGCCUUGGUGCUGUGAAGAGGAUUGUGGAAUUAUUUUUUGAGUACCCUUACAAUAAUUUUUUGCAUCAUCAUGUGGAGCAAAUAAUACUGUCUUGCCUGGAGAGCAAAAACUCUUCAUUUGUUGAACAUCUUCUUCAUGAUUGUAAUCUUGUCGGAAAAAUGCUUGAAGCUGAGAGGGAUUCCAUCUUGGCUACUGAUCCAACCAAGCCAACUGUUCCUGCUGAGGAGAAAUCACCUCCUAGGAUUGGGAAUAUUGGACACAUAACACGCAUUGCAAAUAAACUUGUUCAACUGGGAAAUAACAACGGUGAUAUACAAUCACAUCUUCAGGAGAAUAGUGAAUGGGUUGAUUAUCAUACGAAUGUCUUACCGAAGCGCAAUGCAGUGGAAAAUGUCUUCCAGUGGGCUUGUGGGAGACCCACAGCACUGCAGGAUCGGGCAAGGGAUAGUGAUGAUGAUGAUUACCAAGAUAGAGAUUAUGAUGUUGCUGCUUUAGCUAAUAACUUAAGCCAGGCCUUCCGCUAUGGGAUCUAUAGCAAUGAUGAUAUUGAUGAGACUCAUGGCUCGCUGGAACGAGAUGAUGAGGAUGUCUACUUUGAUGACGAAUCUGCUGAAGUUGUCAUAUCUUCUCUUCGUCUUGGAGAUGACCAAGAAAGCUCUCUUUUCACGAAUUCCAACUGGUUCGCUUUCGAAGAUGACAACACUGUCAAUGAGCGAUCAACUGGCACAGUUGCUUCACCAUCACCGAAAAUCGAGGGGACGGGGGCUCACGAGAAGAAUAUUCUUCAUGGAGAUGAUGAUUUGGCAGAUACUGCAACUUCUGAAUUCCCUGAAUCAAAGCCAAGCCUAAAUGAUCCUGCAACAGAGGAUAUGCCGAAGAAAUCGAGAGAGACAGAAACAGAGAGUGAUAAGCCACCUGAAUGGGUUGAAUGGAGGGAAAGCUCUGAAUAUGGUGAAACCUCUGACCCAACUUCUGAUUUGGAUGAUACAGCUCGGCCGCCGUGCUUACCAAAUGGUGAGCUUCAAGUAGAAUCUAAGGAUCAGGUGGAUGAAGUGAGCCCAGCUUCAACAGAUGCUUCUCCAUCUGAUGCUGAUGUACCUGUAGACGCUCUUGAAACUGAGGUUGGAAUAUUACAGGAAUCAUCAGAUGUCACCUCUGGUUCCCGACCUUCAGAAUCAGGAGAUGUUAAACCAAACUCCCAGAAUGAUGACUCUCUCCAUCCGGAGAAGCCACCUAUUACAGCUGAAGGAUCCUCUGGAGGCUCGGAAAGCAAACAGUAGAAUUGAUGUGGGAACUUCUGUAAAUUAUAACUUCAAAUCAUGUGGAGCUAACCAAGCAACACUGCAACUACAAACUUGGGAGACAAAUUCUGGGACAGCUGCAGUCGAAUGGUUACUUGCUAUACCAGAGCCUUCUGUACAUUAAUGUGGCUCUUCUGUCAAAUAGGGCUGAUGAUUUUUUCCCCACCUUUAAAUGACUGCGUUCACUCAUGUCUCUCACAUGAAGCUCUUUUUGCAUGUAAUUCUUUGGGUCUGUCAUCUUCUCUAGCAUCAACCUGUCGGCAAAGAGUCAAGGUGGCUGAUCACUGAUGAGAAGAUGAAUGCUGUAAGCCGAGAAGACAUUUGUUUAUAGCUUUCAAAGGAUCCUUCGCCCAUGGAAGUGUUCUUUCAGAUGAAACAGUGUUAAAACUAUUUGGGGCUUUAUGUAAUCACCUGAUUCGAACGAGUGUCCUAGUUCCAUUACAAGACCAAUAAUUGCUCUCUUGCAAAUUUUGUGCACCAUUCUGUUGUUUACACGUUUUAUUAUCUAGCCAAGAACCUGCUAGGCCAUUUAACAGCUGCUGCUGAGCUUUAACUGCUGCUUCACAUAAUUAUUUUAUUAACUUAGGGUGUAUUUGA